CCACCUUUAACAGUAUAUAAGACCACGAAGCAAGACAGGGUGGUUAGAUACAGACGCCAGGAACAAGCAGAGGAACUAAACGGCACCGGUUCUUUGAAAGGAAGGAAAGAAGAAAGGGUUAUAACAAUGAAAAGCAUCUACUCCCUCGCUGGCAUCCUUUUGGUCCUCGGCUUUGUCCAGAGCAGCUGGCAGGUUCCUCUGCAGGAGGCUGAUGACAGCUCAAGUUUCGAGGAAGAUGACACGUUAGGGGACGAGCCGGGGGAGCUGUCGAACAUGAAGAGACAUUCGGAGGGAACGUUCUCAAACGACUACAGCAAAUACCUGGAGGACAGGAAGGCGCAGGACUUUGUUCGGUGGCUGAUGAACAACAAGAGAAGCGGUGCCGCAGAAAAGCGCCACGCAGAUGGGACCUUCACCAGCGACGUGAGCUCCUACCUCAAGGACCAGGCAAUCAAAGACUUUGUCGCUAGGCUCAAAUCUGGACAAGUCAGAAGAGAAUCUGAAAUGGACAGGCGGGGUGGGGCGUUCAGCAGGAGGCAUGUAGAUGGAAGCUUCACCAGUGAUGUGAACAAGGUCCUGGACUCCAUGGCUGCCAAGGAAUAUUUACUUUGGGUCAUGGCCUCCAAACCAUCAGGGGAGAGUAAGAAAAGGGAAGUGGACCAAUGA